CUCCUAGCGGGCCACUCAUGCGCCGCGCGACCUACGGAACACACGUACCAUACUCCACCACAGUGACCUAUUCCGGCAUGUGCCAGUGACUCGAGUGAGGACAGUGUUGUGACUCUCAACGUGUGAUGUGCCACUGAUAAGGUGCUACAAGUGAUACAGCCGCAGCCUCAGCCAAUUAUCUUUUAAAAUGGUGAGAGGGGCGGCGCUAGCGCUGGUGGUGGCGCUGGCGUGGAUGGCGCGCGCCAGCGUGCUGGUGCCCACCUACGUGCUGCCGCCUGACUCGUUCGCGCGCGACCAGCGCAGCCUAGCCGCGCAAGCUGACUCCAACGCCGCCGAGUCGCAGCGCACUAUCAAACGUCUCAUCGGCGGACAUAUGAAAAUUAAACCCGAAAAGGAGUACGGCACGGCGAAGAACUCCCUAUCGUACGACGCGAAGACUGAGACGGGCAAGUUCGCAGGUGUGGUCGUGCCGGACCAGUCAGGCGGCACCGUGGGAUGGAACCAGGGGAUAUGGGACGAUGGAAUGCUCAUGUCGAGUGCCGGAGAGGGUAAAGAUGCUCCUAAAACUAAGGAAGAUGACGAAGAUAAAAAGACGCUUUCCGAUCAGGUGGCUGAAGGAAAAUAUGGCCUCAUUCAGAAUGAAAUAUUCUCCAAAGCACCGAAACGACCCGGUAUCGUCAGUUACGAAACGAACUCAGAGACGAGAGCGAAGGAUAACAUCCAAAGUCUCGGAGGUCUGAAGAAAGACGAGAUUUGGCUCGCAGAAGAUCAUUUAUUGGUGCUAAAAGGAGGCUCAUUCCCCGAACGUACGAAAGAAAGUGAACGCAGGCCGUGGCCACCGAUCGAUGACUACGAGGCGCCCAGAAGGCAAGUAAAGCUACCUCAGAAACCGAAAGUGCCACCGCCCUUUCCGGUUCGACUCUCCGACGACGGACCGCUCGUCUUCCUUACGCCAAACGGUAGUGUCCCUGCGCCCCUUCUCCCUCCCUUCCUUGAAGGAGCGGGCGAAGGCCCUCUACCUCCUCCGCCAUUCCCCUUCGCGCCGGGAGCGCCCUACCCCGCGAGUGACGAUCCGAGAAACUCUUCUGCCGGGGGAGCGCCGUUGCCAAUUCCUCCGUUCCCAUUCCUUCCUGGGAAUGCGAGCGAAGGAUUCCCAUUCCCCGCAUCGAUGAACGGCUCUUUUCCAGAAGGCUUUCCUCCGGGCGCAGCGUUUCUACCACCACCGAGCAACCAAUCCGACCUGUACGACGAAGACGACCCUUCGAUCUACUAUCCGCCGCCAUACAAUUUUUCUUACCGCGCGGACUACAAUAACAGCGUGCCAGCAGGACCGUUAGUCCCAGGGAUCAUUCUACCUCCACCACCGGAUUUCUUUGCACCUCUGGAAGAAAAAUCUACAACGGAGACAGUUAGAACUACGCCUAGACCGACAACAACGUAUUCGAGGCCGAAGUCGACGACGAAAUCCCCUUCGACGCCUUCUGUGUACCGUCAUAAGUAUAAGACAAGACCUACGACUACCACUGAACCGACAAGAACGACUGAGGAACCGAGCACUUAUGUAACGACGACUCCUCAGACGGUGGAAAUUACGACGAAAAUACGGAAGCAGCCGCAGCGCAUCGUGCAAAUACCACAAAGACAACCGGUGCGCGUACACAACCUGCCGGACGAAGUCACAUCACGGCCGAAGGCAGAGAAACCAGUGUACAAGAUGAGACAAAAGCUGACAUCAAAGCCGCUGUCUGUGUCCGUUAUUUACGAUUAUCCGGAACGUAUUUACGAUCAUCAGCCGCCUAAACCGACUGAGAAACCUUACAUAGUGUACAGUGUACCCGAAAAAUCACCAGUGAUUACUAAUGACGUAGUGACGUCGACUCAAGUGCCUUUGAGAGCGUAUUACAGUAACACUCAAAACGAUGAAGUUCCUACUACGAAAUUGCAGCCAGUGUAUAGGAAGCCUGCUCAAGACGGCGUAGCGUCAUUCUACUUUUUCGAUGAGCAACCAAAGACUUCACCGGCACCCGCUACUUAUUUCGAUGGCAGGAAUUAUUACAAGUCAGUGCAAAACCAAGCACCUGUUCAGCAUAAUGUGAAUCAACAAGCAGGCUUUGCGCCAUCGGUGGAUGUGACAUACGGAUCAAUAGAUCAAGAUGCUCUAUUCUUAUGGCCACAGAAGCAAGGACCCCGCACACUUACACAGGAAUACUUUAGUAUACAGAACCCUCGACAGCCGAAUGUGUAUGUUCAGCAACAGAAGCAGCGUCCAGAUCCGUUUUAUCAACAAAUUGCUGAUAUACAAUCGACAAUUGAUUUGUUUACAACGAAACGACCCAAGGGUCAUUCGCACCGGGCACAUUCACAUAAACCUAAAGCUAUCACAUCCAGACCAGUCUACCAGUUCAGCUAUCAAACCAACAAUAAACCUCGGCCAGAUCAACUUACAUUCCGUGCUCCUAAGUUGGACCCGGAACCCUUCAGGCCAAUGGUAAGCUACAGCAAGCCCUUCAACCUUGAAAACGACUUCAAUGCCAUCACUCCCUCCGUCUCACCCGCCUACCACCAACAAUAUUUGAUUGAAAACGUGCAAGUCACCACUGAAACACCUACUUCAACGAGAUACUACCCUAAAACUAAAACGAGGGAAGAGGAUUAUGACGACACACCAGUAAAAGAAGUUCGCCCUUCUAAGAGUAGAAAUCACAUUUCAAUACAAAACGAUAAGGGUCCUACACAUCAACAUCACCCGAGUUCAACGCCAAACCCAAUCAGCCACGGAUACUACACCAAGCAAGACGAAAGAUAUUUAGACGAUAUCACAAGGAACUCGUUUGACAUCUUCGGGAAGAAAUUGGAAGAUAACACUCACGACAUCAACGGCUUGGCUGUGACACCUCCCUUGGGUACAGUGAGGACACCGAUCGACAACAACAUCAACUUGCAAUUUGCGUAUGACAUCGUAGAGCCAAAUCCUAAUGCUCCCUCUUUGGAAAGAGACACACUCGUCAACGACCGCCUACCGCGACCGACCAUCAACCCGAACUCGGAGCCAAUUCAAGUACAAAACGCGGAAUUGGUGCAGCCGCAGAAGCCGCCGUCGCUGCUGGAGGAUACCGCGGUGAACGACCGACUGCCGCGGCCGCCUAUCAACCCCGACAGCGAGUUCAUCCCCAUACCAAACCCCGGAUACCGGCAGCCGCAGCAGUACAGGAUACAGACGCAGGUGCAGAGGCCGCAGUACACAGGAGAGCAGUACGACUUGAAUAGGCCGUCGCUAGCCGGGGAUACCGCCGUCAACUACCGCCGGCCGCUACCACCGGUGAACCCGGACGCGGAGUGGGUGGCGCCGGUGAACACGGCCGGGGAGGGCCGGCCCGGCUCGUUCGUGUCGUACCGGCUGCCCGGCGAGGGCGCGCACGUGUACUUCCUGACGCCGCAGGCGGCGCAAGCGGCGCAGGCGGCGCGCGAGAGGUACCGAUCCCCCGGCUACGGUCGGUGAAACCAAAGCUCUAGUCUGAACGGUUGCGUCGGCGCACGCCCGACUUGUAAAUACAAAGCGCAAAUGUGAUAGUGUCCUAAGUAGUGUAGUGAAGACUUAGCGGGACUCCCGCAUUGCCAUAAUAUUUAAACACGAUUGUGUAGUUUGAUACGAGCGAUGUUUUGUACACUGUGCUGUGUAAUGGACGCUUUUUAUAAUUAUACUAUUUAUUGAAUGUAUUUGUUAAGAGACUGUGGUGCAUGUAUAGUGAUAUAAUUAAUUUAUUCGUCAGUAUUCUCGAUGAACUCUUAGGAAUGUUGUGAUAUGAAGCAAUGAGUGAAAAUAAUUGUUAUUUAAUGUAAAAAUAUAACAAUUGUUUGUUACUAUAUUGUUAUUUAAAACAAUAACGACAAAAUAAUUGUGAUUUUGUAUCGUAUUUUCUAAAACAAAGAAUGUAAAAUAAAAUAUUAAAAUUGUUUUUAAUGAUA